AUGUCCUUGUUUCAACUAGAAGUCAUCCAGCAACGAGCUACACCGCAUGAUUCAAACCGCAGGUGGUCGGUAAAUAAAACCUGGGAGUCUUUGUGUUUCCAGCGAUCAGAGAUCAAACAGCUGGAGGGUGAAGUGUUCAGAGAUCACUGUCUGUAUCCUGGACACAGAAAGACCAACAUCAUCGUCACCAACAGGAGGGUUUUGUGUGUUAAGGAGAUAGAAUUUGUGGGUCAUUUCAACAAAGAGUGGGAAUGUUUGUAUGAGAACAUCUGUCGACCGCCGGCUGUGGUGGGAAGUGAGCUGAAGAUUUACAGCAAGGAGCAGCAGAAGCUGUCG